AUGCUUUGGUUCUGCAAGCGAGGCGAGAAGCUCAAAUGGGAAAGGCAGUACUUCAGUCACUGUUCAAGUGAGCAGAGCAUGCCCAACCGCUUGGUGAGUAGCUUGCUAGAAUCCCCAUGUGGGACUGCACUGAAGAUUGAUGAUGAAAACAAAGUUGCACUUAUACGCAACUAUUGUCCAUCGAGUAUCUUCUGUACAGGCACACAUACCCUUUCUCCUGCCCCACUGUGGGCUCUGGCUUCGAUGGCGCUAGAAGUAAUGAGGGUGGGGGUGCUGCUGUGUGGGAGCAUGUGGUCCCUGGAUGGGAAGAAGUUUCUGGCUCCGGUGCGCAGCGCCCCCUGGAGGCUUUUAGUUGUAAAAACCUCUCCAAUGGCAGUUUGCAAUUUUAUGUCUCAUGAAAAGUGCCUGAAGCAUGUGAAGAUACCAUGCGCCUGUAUUGCCCCAGGUCUUGUAAGGGUUCCAGUUGCACAUUGUCUAGGACCUCCUGGACACUAUAAGAGAAAGUUUUGUGCUGUCUGCAGAAAGCAGUUAGAGACUCCAGCAUUUCGUUGUGAAGUGUGUGAGCUACACGUGCAUACAGAUUGUGCCCCGUUUGCUUGCAGCGACUGUCGUCAGACCCAUCAGGACGGUCAUCAGGAUCAUGACACAUACCAUCAUCACUGGAGGGAGGGGAAUCUUCCUUCCAGUGCACGGUGCAAAGUGUGCAAGAAAACAUGUGGUUCUUCAGAGGUGCUCUCGGGGAUGAGAUGCGAAUGGUGUGGCAUUCUGGCUCAUGCUGCUUGCUGUGUGAUUAUACCUCCAGAAUGUACAUUUGGAAGGCUAAGAAAUAUGAUUCUUCCUCCGAACUGUGUGCGCUUAUUUUCUCGCAACUUCAGUAAAAUGCACUGUUUUCGGAUAUCGGAAAGCUUACAGACUGAACCAGAUGACGAUGACGAUGUCGAUAGUUCAACGCAAGGAUCGCUGAAGGAACCCCAGGCUUCAACAGACUCAAGCAAACAAAUGUUAAAAAUAUAUGAUGGGAAUGACGCUGUAAAACGCAAUCAGUAUCGGCUUAUUACGGUUCCACGCAUUGCAAAGCAGGAAGAAGUUGUGGAGGCCGCAUUGAGGGCGUACUACAUAAAUGAUGAUCCUAAGGACUACGAACUUCAGACGUUCACCCAGCAGGCUUUGUUUUGUGAUGACGUCAUUAAUAGGAAUGACGCGACUGAAGAAUCCCAUCCCGGGUCAGUAUUCCGAGAAGCUGUUCCUGAAGCCUGGAUCAUCAGAGCCAAACCAAAAGACAACGAAGUAAUAAAGAUUUAUCCUGCUUGGCUCAAGGUUGGAAUGGCCUGUGUCUCAAUACGAAUAAAGAAAGAAAGCACUACCCAGAUGGUAAUUAAAGAAGUCCUCCCAUUACUUGGAUACCAGUCGGAAUGCCCCCAAAACUUCAGAUUGGUGGAAGUGCUCAUGGGUUGCAAGCAAGUUCAGCGAAUGGUGCUGGAUGAUCAUGAACUGACUCUCAACAGAUUUCAAGACGUAAGAAAGACUUCACUACGCCAAAUGAACCAAACCAGAUUUUACAUUGUAGAGAACAAUACGUCUGUUGUGCAGGUGCAUUUGUUUGUGGGUGGCCUGCCACCUCAUCUCUCUGCUGCAGAAUACACAAACAUCCUCAAGGAUGAAUUAACCAUCAAAACAAAUUUAGUUUCUGUGAGUCAUGUGUAUUCAUCUCAAGGUGCUGUCGUACUAAACAUUUCAUGUUUUUCGGAAGCUGAAAGACUGUAUAUGCUAGCUAAAGAUACCACUGUUAAUGACAAGCCGUUAACUGCUGUAGUGAUCCCUGAAGUUCUGCAUUCCAAACUCCCCCAGAACUGCUGUCCGCUGCUUGUCUUUGUGAACCCGAAAAGCGGAGGCCUUAAAGGUCGGGAUUUGCUGUACAGUUUUAGAAAACUGUUGAAUCCUCACCAAGUCUUUGAACUGACGAAUGGAGGACCACUGCCUGGGCUUCAUGCAUUCUCUCAGAUCCCGUGCUUUCGAAUAUUGGUAUGUGGUGGCGAUGGCACUGUUGGUUGGGUUCUCGGUGCACUGGAAGAAAUCCGGCACAAGCUCGUCUGUUCAGAGCCAUCUGUGGCUAUUUUACCUUUAGGCACAGGUAAUGACUUGGGGAGGGUGCUGCGCUGGGGUGCUGGAUAUAGUGGUGAAGAUCCAUACUCCAUUCUGUUAGCUGUCGAGGAAGCAGAUGAUGUGCUCAUGGAUCGCUGGACCAUCCUCUUAGAUGCACAAGAGGCCAUUGAAAGUUCGGAAAACGGCGUAUUGGAGCCUGAGCCUCCUAAGAUUGUACAGAUGAACAAUUACUGUGGGCUUGGAAUCGAUGCAGAGCUCAGUCUAGGCUUUCAUCAUGCCAGAGAAGAAGAACCAGACAAAUUCAACAGCAGGUUUCAUAACAAGGGUGUCUACGUAAAAGUUGGCCUGCAGAGAAUGAGUCACACAAGAAAUCUUCAUAAAGAAAUAAAACUUCAAGUGGACCAGCAUGAAGUUGAGCUUCCAAGUAUUGAGGGUCUUAUUUUCAUUAAUAUCCCCAGCUGGGGCUCUGGUGCUGAUCUGUGGGGCUCUGAUAAUGAUAAUCGGUUUGAGAAGCCAAGAAUUGACGAUGGCUUACUGGAAGUUGUUGGCGUCACCGGAGUCGUUCACAUGGGCCAGGUCCAGGGUGGCCUCCGUUCAGGCAUCCGCAUUGCCCAAGGCUCCUACUUUCGCUUGACCCUUCUGAAGCCCAUCCCUGUGCAAGUAGAUGGAGAGCCCUGGAUCCAGCCACCAGGCCAGAUAAUUAUUUCUGCUGCAGGACCAAAGGUUCAUAUGUUAAAGAAAUCAAAACAGAAGCAGAAAAAAACUGGGUAUGUGAAAGACUCCAGAACCGAGAGCACGGCGUCUGGUGACAUGGGCCGUUGACCGAG